AUAUUCAUGGCAAAGCCUAUUUUAUUAUUAUUAUUAUUCAGUCUAAUUUUCAUUUUUUCAUCAAGUUUUUCUUUAUCCUUUCACCGUACAGCCCUAUCUGCAUUUUUUACACAGAGAGUGUUUAAAAUAAACUUAUAUCUUCUCCAAAGCGUAUUAAUUCAAUAUGUAGUAAUGUCCUUUGUUUUCUUACCUCUGACCCAAAGUGGUUAAGGCGUUUCGUAGCGACAAGAGCAAUGAUACGUCUCAGACAACUAACAAGAAAUAUCUCUACUCUCUACUCCCUUCAUGAUUCAUCUGUGCACUACUUUGCGCUACUCUGUACUCUUUCCUGCCAUCUAAUUCUAUAGAAAUUCUAAAUGUAAACAAUUCAUUAGGUUGUUGUAGAAACUAAAAAAUAGAAAUGCUAGAAAGUAAAGGGCUAAAUUCUCCUCCGAUUCAAGAUCAAAUUUUCAUGAGAGUAUUUAAAUAUUAUAAAUCGAACAAGCCUCAACCUUCUCUUGAACAAGUAUUGAAUUGUGAAUAUAACACUGCACUCGAAGUGCCCAUGGUCCAAAAACAAAUUAUUAGCAAAGAAGAUUUAAGGGCAAGUACUUUGGGGUUACAAGAGUGUAAAAAUUGGAAGAUAUUUGAAUUUGAAAGGCAUCCUGGAUUAAUAUUAAUAAAAAAUCCAUUCACAAGCUACGGUCAAAAGUUUUGGAUCAGGAAAUGUUUGGAAGAAUAUCCUAAAAAACCUAAUAAAACGAAUAUUGAUUUAGAGAGGCAUAUUGAGUAUUGGUGGCAGGAAUGUUUUGAAGGUAAUGAAUGUGAUAAGAAGCUGCAGUUAAAGUUGCGUUGGACAACGUUGGGCUAUCACCACAAUUGGGAUACAAAAGUUUACGAUGAAGAAAAUAAAAAUUCAUUUCCUGAAGAAUUAUCAGAACUAUGUGACAUUGUUUCGCAGCAACUUGGGUUUGUAGGUUUCAGAGCCGAAGCUGCCAUUGUUAACUACUAUCAUAUGGGCUCAACACUGUCAGCACACACAGACCACUCAGAGUUAAACUUGCAAGCACCACUAUUUUCCUUCAGCUUUGGCCAAUCAGCAAUAUUCCUAAUAGGAGGUCACAACAAGUCCUUAGAACCAUCAGCUAUUUUGCUCAACAGCGGAGAUAUAGUGGUUAUGUCCAAAGAAGCCAGACUAUGCUACCAUGCAGUCCCGAAAAUACUUCCCGCAUCCACACAGCCAUGGAAUAAACCAGAGGGCUAUAUCAGUAUUAAAAAGAAAGGUGUAAAUUAUAAAUACAUAGAUCAAGCAAAACUUAUAUCAGAAAUGGGAUUAAAUAAUGAUAAUCAAGAAUGGAGCAAGUUUAAUAGUUACGUUGAGGAAUCUAGAAUAAAUAUUAAUAUUAGACAGGUGUUAAAACAAAAUCAGAAAAGUUUGCUUGAUUGUAAUUCCAAUAAUACAUGAAAUUUUUUCACAA